AACAGCAAUAGGAUUAGAGAAUCAGUAAAGAGCAUGAAUCCCUAACUCAUGCUGUUGAUCUUCUUGCACGCCGAGAGACCAGCACGGUAGAUGUUUCUUUAUUUUAACCUGAAAGCAGUUUUUUAGAGCACAAUGUUCAGCCCAAAUGGAGAUAUUGUGGAAUACUGUUGUUGUUUUUUCUUGACUUGAUUGACACAAAAGUUUUUUUUUUAAUUGGUUUGUCUUCUGACAAGCUGUCACGAUGGCAACUGUAAUGCCAAGGUUGAAAGUGCUGAAAAAGCGUCGCUCCAGUCUUUUUUCAACUAUAAAACGGGAGUUAAGCUUUUCACAAAGCAAUGAAGAACAGGAGGGUGAAUUCCCCUUUUCACAGGACAGCUCUGUGAAAGCAUGGACAUCUAUGGACAACCUCGAUGCACCUAUUGAGAAAAAAGGUGCAACAAAAGAUCAGAAAAAACCUGCAUUAAACCCAAGGAAAUCAAACAUUGUUAAGCUCAACGUAGGUGGAAAGUUGUUUCACAUCCCAAAGAAGUUGGUCCUCAAAUACCCCAAAACCAGAAUUGGAGUCCUAGCCCUCUGUGAUGAACCGGCCAAGCGGCUAACGCUCUGUGACGAUUACAAUGUUCAGAACGAUGAAUUCUUUUUUGACAGGGACCCCAUGUUUUUCCACUACAUCUUCCACUUUUAUUGCAGUAAUGUCCUGUGGGUCAUGGAUAGUCUCUGCCCGGUCAACUUUGAGGAAGAGUUGACAUUUUGGGGGUUGAAACUGAAGGACACUCCAAGGUGCUGCCGUAUUCUGUUUGAGGAGAAAGUGGACGACAUCAGAGACCAACUGAAGGUGAAUCAGGAGUUGAUUGAUGAGAUCAAGCCUCACCAUGAUGGUGAGGGAUACAAGAAUAUGUUUCUUGGAAGCUUUCGGAAGAUCCUUUGGGACUUGAUGGAGAAUCCUUACUCCUCACUGUCAGCCAAAGCCUUUGCUGUGUUUUCCAGUCUCUUUGUGCUUAUCUCUAUUGUUGCCAUGACAAUGAACACAGUAAAUGAACUCAGGCAGUACAAACUUUAUGGCAAAACCUACAUGGAGUGGAUAGAGGUUUCUUCCAUCCUUUUCUUUGCAAUGGAGUACUUUUUGCGGUUACUCACCACAUCCAAUAUCAGACAUUUUUUGAAGAGUGCUCUCAACUUUGUGGAUGUGGUGGCUGUUAUGCCAUACUUCCUGCAGAUCGUUUUUGAGACAUUUGUUAUGGAUUCAGAAGAUGUAGGUGCAAAGGAAGAUUUGAAGACCAUGGCAAGGGUCAGUAAAGUCAGCAAGGUGCUGAAGGUUGUCAAGUUGAUGCGCAUCUUCCGUAUCUUGAAGCUUGCCCGUCACUCAACAGGCAUGAGGGCGUUUGGUUUCACCAUCCGACAGUGCUCUGAGCAGGUGUGCUGUCUGUUUCUGUUCAUUGCCAUGGGCAUCUUCACCUUCUCUGCUCUGAUGCACUCUGUGGAAGUGGAUCAGCCUGGGACCCCAUUUAGCAGCAUACCAGAUGCCUGGUGGUGGGCCGCGGUGAGCAUCUCUACUGUGGGAUAUGGAGAUGUCGUACCUAUCUCCUAUCUUGGCCGCUGUGUGGCGUUUGGCUGCAUCUCGUUUGGCAUCAUCCUCAACGGCAUGCCCAUCUCCAUCCUGUUCAACAAGUUUUCCGACUAUUACGCCAAACUGAAGGAACAGGAAUACACAAUUUCAAACACAGAGCGCACCUUCCAGCUGAGGAAACGUAUGAGGCGCAAGUUUGAUAACUGCUUCUCACCCCAGCCAGAGGAGUCUGAUGACGACAUACACUAUCGGCCCUGUGUUAGUCAAACUUUCCAUGAGAGGGAGGAUUUAGCUGCCCACUAGU